CAGUUUAAAAAUUAAAAAAUGGCAACGAUACAUAUACAGAGCGGGAAAAAUAAUAUCGAAAGUAACAAAAAUGAUAGUAAAGUACAUAGCGUUCCAUUCACAAUACACGCGGAGUGCGAUGCUCAAGUUGACAAAUACUUUGAAACUGGCGUAAAAAAAAACCAAGAGGACGGAACUUUUACGGCUUCAUUUAGAGGAUACCCUCUUAAAGGGGCCAGGGUUGAGUUACCAGAAGGUUACAUGGGAGUUGUUUUACAUGAAAGUAUAAAACCAGAAACUGAAAAGGAAGAACGUAAGUUUUAUGUUGUGAAUAAUUUUAAAUCAUUUACUUAUUGGAAUUGGGGGAAAAUUCCAAGCCAGGCUGAUACCAUUAGGCAGGCUUUGGAUUGGCUAGAAAUUGCUGAAGUGCUACAUAGCCCCCUUGUAGAAGAAUGAUAAUUGUAAAAUA